CACCACCCAGGACACAACAGCAGGAGAAACCUGUCACAAAAUGGCCAACAUGAUGAGAUCGUGGAUGAUGUUUUCAGCUCUGGUUCUCUGUCUGCUGGUGUGUCUGAGCAGCUUUGCGGACGCUUACCCCCCCAAACCGGAGAGCCCGGGGAGCGACGCCUCACCGGAGGACUGGGCCAAAUACCACUCAGCGGUCCGGCAUUAUGUCAACCUCAUCACCAGGCAGAGGUAUGGGAAGAGGGCGACCCCCGAGCAGGCGGUGGCGUGGCUGCUGUUUGGAGCUGAUUCGAGCCAGGACGCUGAACCACGCUCCGAAUACGGCGAUCAGUGGUAAAUGAGCGUCAAACUUCAAACCAGACCGACAUGACCCCCGAUCCACCCACACUCACUGUGAUCGUCAACCUGCACUUGACUUUGUGACUUUCCAUAAUUAAUUAUUUAUUGUGCAUGCAAAUCUGUCUCUCCCUCUCUCUGUCUCUCUCUAUCUCUCUCUGUCUCUCUCUGUCUCUCUCUCUUCUCUGUCUCUCUGUCUCUCUCUAUCUCUCUCUGUCUCUCUCUGUCUCUCUCUUUCUCUGUCUCUCUGUCUCUCUCUAUCUCUCUCUGUCUCUCUGUCUCUCUCUGUCUCUCUCUGUCUCUCUCUUUCUCUCUGUCUCUCUCUGUCGCUCUCUCUCUGUUUGCCUUCUUCUCUCAGCAUAUCUAUUUGUUCUUUGCCCCAAAAAAUGUAAA